AAUGUCCUCCUCGCCACUCUCGAGCUCCAAUCUCUAGGCAGUAGACAGAGAGAAGCAGAGAAGAGAGACAAUAGCCGUCACUUUCUGAACAUUGGAACGUUAGGUUAAUGGGUUGGGUUCGGUGAAACACCAACCUUUCCCAAGCCAAGUUUCACUUCACAACUCCUCAACACAAGAACUAAAGUUGUAGUAGUAGCUUCACUUCACUCACAACACAGCAAUGCCCACUGGCUUCUCUCUCAUCUUUGCGGCAUCACUUUUCCUUUUGCUUCUCGAUUGUUGCUCUGGGAGUUUUGUUGGGGUCUGCUAUGGAAGAAGUGCUGAUGACCUCCCUACACCUGACAAGGUGGCACAGUUGGUUCAACUUCAUAAAAUCAAAUAUGUCAGGAUUUAUGAUUCUAAUAUACAGGUUCUGAAGGCCUUUGCAAACACUGGAAUUGAGCUUAUGAUUGGGGUUCCAAAUUCGGACUUGCUUUCAUUCUCUCAGUUCCAAUCUAAUGCAGACUCUUGGCUGAAAAACAGCGUGCUUCCUUACUAUCCGGCUACAAAGAUCACAUACAUAACUGUCGGCGCCGAAGUCACUGAGAGUCCUAACAAUGCAUCUUCAUUUGUAGUGCCUGCCAUGACCAAUGUGCUUACAGCACUCAAGAAACUUGGGCUGCACAAAAAGAUUAAAGUUUCCAGCACCCAUUCCCUUGGGGUUUUGUCGCGAUCCUUCCCGCCUUCUGCUGGGGCUUUCAAUAGCAGCCAUGCACAUUUCCUGAAGCCAAUGCUAGAAUUUCUUGCUGAAAAUCAGUCACCUUUUAUGAUUGAUAUAUAUCCUUAUUAUGCCUACCGUGAUUCCCGGAGUAAAGUGUCUUUAGACUAUGCCCUGUUUGAUGCAUCCUCUGAAGUAAUUGAUCCAAACACUGGCUUGCUGUACACAAACAUGUUUGAUGCGCAGAUUGAUGCUAUUUACUUUGCACUGAUGGCCUUGAACUUCAGAACAAUUAAGGUCAUGGUCACUGAGACAGGUUGGCCUUCCAAAGGGUCUCCUAAGGAGACUGCUGCAACUCCUGAUAAUGCACAAACAUAUAAUACUAAUCUGAUAAGGCAUGUUAUCAACAACACUGGUACUCCUGCAAAGCCUGGAGAGGAGCUAGAUGUUUAUAUUUUCUCGUUGUUCAAUGAAAAUAGGAAGCCUGGUUUGGAAUCUGAGAGGAACUGGGGAUUAUUUUAUCCCGACCAGACAAGUGUUUAUAGCCUAGAUUUCACUGGACGGGGUGCAGUUGAUAUGACCACUGAGGCAAAUAUAACCAAGUCAAAUGGAACCACAUGGUGCAUUGCUUCGAGUAAGGCCUCACAAAUUGACUUGCAGAAUGCCAUAGAUUGGGCCUGUGGUCCUGGCAACGUGGACUGUACAGCUAUCCAGCCUAGCCAGCCUUGUUUUGAGCCAGAUAACCUAGCUUCACAUGCAUCUUUUGCGUUUAAUAGCUAUUACCAGCAAAAUGGGGCUUCUGAUGUUGCGUGCAGUUUUGGAGGAACAGGUGUAAAAGUUGAUAAGGAUCCAAGCUAUGACAAGUGCAUCUACAUGAGAGCUGGAAGUAAUAAAACUGUGACAAGCAAUACAACAGCAAUGUCCACUUCAUCCUCUUCACUGAAUGGAAAUUCUUCGUCAAUUUUUACUUUUCUUCUUGUAACUUGUCUCUUUGCUCUAAUGCAUAUUCAACGAUACUGACAAGAUUGAUUGUUGAAAUUGCAGCAUGAUUUUGCUUUGUUGACAAGUAUGCUGCGUUUGAAAUGCAUGGGGAAGGUAAUGAUUUAGUGGAGAGCUUUCAUAUGCUCUAUGCUAUGCAUCAGAAAAGUGUAAACUCCGUUGCUGUUAUAUAAGAAUUGUUUUUUCCACUGCAUUAGAGCAAUGAUAGGCCAAAACUCUGUGGUACUAGUUUUGUGUGUCAAGUGAUAAAAGAAAACAGCAUGCAAAGAUAAUUGGACUUGUCAUCGAUAAUUUAUUUAACUAUGCAUGUGUUGCUGCACCUUAUUGUCUCGUAUUGUAACUUUGAAAUAUAAAAACUACUUUGUUCUUGAGAUUA